CAAUUACUAUCGGAUUUAUUCACCAACUAUUACCAAGGGAUUGUUCCGUAUUGUUCUGGUCAGGAUAAAGGGGUCGAAGUUGGGUUGGGAAUCGCAAUCCGAUCCCUGAUCGACGUUGACGAACCCACCCAAAUCAUUGACAUCAAUGUGUGGGUAAGAAUGUCGUGGACGGAUUGCCAUUUGGUCUGGAACGCAAGUGACUACGACGGAAUAAACGAGUUAGUUGUUCCAUACGACAAAAUAUGGGUGCCGGAUGUGACUCUUUACGACAACAACCAAGACGGAGACCAGGGUUUGCUGCCCGGAUUGACGGACUUCAGACCCAAAAUUAAAUCUGACGGAUCCAUUCAUUAUAAUUUCCCCACAGUUCUUCACAGCUUGUGUACCAUCGACUCCACAUAUUUCCCGUUUGACACCCAAACGUGUCCAUUAAAGUUCGGAUCAUGGUCGUACGACGGAUUUCACGUUGAUGUAAAAAAUGUCAGUGCGAGUGCGGACACCAGUUCGUUUAAGAAGAACACAGAAUGGGAACUUGUCAGUGUCGAAGCUGUCCAUCAUGAACUAUUUUACUCUUGUUGUGAGGCGCCUUUCCCGGAUGUAACUUUUUAUUUGACCAUCAGCAGACGAUACCUUUCAUUCGUGGUCAACAUCAUAGUACCCUGUUUUAUGAUCGUUUGCUUGGCACUGAUUGGAUUUCUUCUUCCGGUAGAAGCGGGAGAAAAAGUUGGACUUGAAAUCACAGUUCUGCUUGCUCUUGCUGUUUAUGCCCAGGUCGUCUCGGACCAGCUUCCGCCAUCGAGCAAUUUACCAUAUAUGGGCCUAUUCUUUGCGUGUGCGUUGCUGAUAACAAUGUUCUCGUUGAUCAUGGCGGUCUUUGUGAUUAAUUUGCACCACCGAGGAGAAUUAGGAUAUCCGGUUCCAAAGGUGAUCAGAUGCAUCGUCUUCAACGGUCUGGCCAAAAUUGUUUUCUUUGAUGUUGAAGAAGAAAAUGAAGAGGAGGCGGUGUCCACAUCUCAACAUUCUGUCAGCAAGCAGGAAACGCUUUCUUCCAUUGGC